UUGUUUAUCUGAACUCUUUGUAACCGAAAUCGUUAGAAACAAAAUCAAGAGCUAUUUCUUUCCUACUAGCUUCGUCAUUUGCGAAUGGCUGAGAAGUUAUCGAGAUAGGGAAUCAGUUUUGACAGUUAGAUAUCAAAUUGACCCGGAUUAGUGUUUAUUUACAGACGUUUUGCGGACGUUUUGUUUUUCACGGAAGAGAUCGUAUGAACGGAAUGGCAUUGGGCUGUUUCAAAUGUGUGAUGCUUUCUAAAAGCUGUGCGGUGAGUCUCUUUGUGGUAGUCUUCGUGUCGGUUUCGUUCGAAGUUACUGGAUUUGUAGGCUUACCAGAGCCAAUUGCUCUUUAUCCACUCAACAAACAGCAUGGUACAAAGGACAUAAGCCGAGCGAACAACCCGUCAGGAAUUGCAAAGGGUGUUGACCUUUUCACAGGAUAUUACGGACAACCCGAGGGAUCUUACCACUUCUCCGGGUCAUCGGCCAGUUUUUUGGAGUUCCCAAAUAACGGAGGCCUUGAUGCUAAGUAUUCUAUGACAUUGGUGGCCUGGAUCUACCCUGAAAUCUCUAAAGGACCUCUGUUUAAUUACAAAGUUCAAGACAGAGGAGUGUAUUUAUGGUUAGAGAGUCCUAACAGACUUGUUGCAAAGUUUGAAAUGCGUGAUUCUUCGCAACCUUACGCAAUCCAGAGCGACAAAAUUCGGCUGAAAGCGUGGAAUUAUGUAGCAGCUUCGUACGAUUACUCUGCUGGAACUGCCGGAUUGUGGAUCGACGGGAGACAAGUGUCUCGUUUGAGUAUGGGAAGUUUUAAGAUAUCCACACAAGAUGACGUGAGAGUGGGUGCAUUAAAGGGUGAUUCGAAUUUCUACAAGGGUGCCAUUGCCUGUUUACAGGUUUAUAACAAGUCACUCUCUGAGCAGGAGAUAAAUGAUGUUAGAGAUAGGUGUCCGCUCAAAGUGCAGUUACAUCAUGUCGGUUGCUAUGCCCACAAGCCGUCAUCACCAGCAGUCCCCUCCUUGGAAGGAAAAGAUAUCUUACUAGACGGCGAGCCUAAAACAAGAGAGGACGCCGAACAGAAAUGCGCCCGUGUUGCUCUUAAAAAUGGCUACGGUUAUUUUGCAAUUCAAGAUGGUGGAAGCUGUCUUUCAAGCCUAACAGCGCAAGAAACGUACAGCAAGUACGGACUGUCAGCGGAAUGCCAGAAUGGGAAAGGCUCCGCAAUGGCCAGUGAUGUAUACGAGGUUGUGAUGUUUAGCGAUCAAACCUGUUGGAACGGAUGGCAAGCCGUUGGCGACUCCUGCUUCAGACUUUAUGACGACAAAAGAACCUGGGACGAAGCCCAGGCCGUGUGCAAAACAGAAAAGGCAACUCUAGCCAAGUUGGAUACGGAGGAAGAGAGUUACUUCGUUUUUUUAAACCUGAUAAGGCCAACCAAUCCAAGCUCGAGCGUAUGGAUUGGGUUAUCACGUGAUACGGAGAAAAAAUUUCAUUGGUCGGAUGGAUCUUUGGUGGGCUACACUAAUUGGGGUCCAAACCUUCCAGACACCUCCCCUGGUAACAGAAAGAAUUGUACAAAAAUGAAUGAAUUUUCGGGAUUAUGGGAAAAUGAGGAGUUCGACUUAAAACAUCCCUUUGUUUGCGGUCGAGUCACUCCUCCCACUCCACGUGAUAUUCACGUGAAACUAAUGGACAGCUGGUCGGCGCUGGUCUCGUGGUCAACUUCCGCGCAUCCUCAGCAGGAAGAUCUGGUGACGUCAUUCUACGUUGAGUACAAAGUUACCAAUCACGAGCAAGUGUCACUUAAAGUUGUGCAGAAUCACAAUAGUACCAGUUUAACCGGUUUGCAGUCAAACGCUGAGUACCAGAUAAGAGUCCGAGCGGUGAAUGGAGCUGGUGGUGGAAUUUGGAGUCAUUAUCAGACUUUUUCAACUGGAAAAACCUAUCCUCCUCGAAUUGUCCCUAUGGCACCUAUAAGAGCCAAAGUCCCAGGGGAACCUCUUGCUCUGAAUUGUGCUGCCCAAGGUGGUCCUGAACCCACAAUAACCUGGUACAAAAACCGCAAUGUUGUUUAUCAAGGACAGACAUUGGUCGUUGCAAAUAUGACGUCAGUGGAACAAGAAGUGUAUACGUGCAGAGCUAGUAAUGGCAUUGAGCCAGAUGACGUCGAGUCAGUUACAGUAAUAUCAUUAGUCCCUCCGGUCCUGAGUCAGAUGUGGGGAGCGGGAAAUGAAGGACAGAUUUCCAUUGAAAAAGGAGAUCAUUUGUCAUUGCACUGUGAAACAGCUAAUACGACAUUUGCUGACAUUACGUGGUACAAGGACGGGGAGCCUCUAUAUGGUCAUCGGUCCAAAUCAGAAAACAUCUUUAAUAUACCAGAAGUCAGCGGUGAUAAUUUCGGAGUGUACGAAUGUGAAGCCAGAAAUAACCUGGGAACGACUUCUAUGAAAAUGAGGGUCUCGAAUGCUGGCCGCUUAAACCAGAUGAAAGUUGCGGUUGGCUGCCUAGCUGGAUUUUCUGUUGUUCUUGUCAUCAUCAUUGGAGUAUUAGGGUGGCUGCUGUACAAGGCCAGGAAAACCAUUGAAGCUUCACGAGAGGAAGAUGAGCAGGACGAGGAGCCGCCAAUCAAACCACCCGGUCCUAGGCCCUCUGACAGUGACUUUAUGAUCCCUGAAGUGCGAUCCGCUGGCUCGCCGGAUAUGGCUGGCUCACUUGGCUGUAAUUCAUCUUACACUCCUCUCAAACUGGGUUCAUCUAAUGGGGGUACAAAAUAUCUUAGAAUGGCUUGUUAA